AUGGCUGGGAAGGCGCAGGAUGGUCAGAUCUUUGUGGGUGGCCUGUCAUGGUGUACCACCGAACGCAUGCUCGAGGGCGCCUUCCGCCGCUUUGGCAAGAUCGUCGACGUCCGGGUCAUCACCGAGAGGCACACGGGACGCAGCCGUGGCUUCGGCUUCGUGACCUUCUCCGAUCCACGGGCAGCCAGCAACGCCAUCGCGUUCAUGCACUGCCAGGCGAUAGAUGGCCGGACCAUUUCGGUGUUCAGGGCUGAUCCGCAGCGCAUGAACUUUCAUUCCGGCAAGGGUUAUGGCGCCGUUCACGGCGGACAAGACGGGCAUUGCCUGCCGCGGUAUGGAAACGGCUUCAGCUGGGAUCAUCGGCACUGCCCUGAUGGCUUCGGCAUUGGUCACCAUUUCGGGCGAUUCUUCUCCGAGUUCACCGUCCGUGGUGACUUCUUCCACCGGCAGGGAGGCCGUUUCGACGGAGAUCGUCACCAUGCCAACGAUGGAUACUUCCACCAUUGGGGCGGCGGUGGUUGCGUCGGCGCGGAUCGCUGCGGGUACGGAUCGGGUGGUGAUCUGGAUCGGCGAGGCUACGGCAACGGUGGGGGUCAUCAGCGAGGGAGAAGCUGCGACAGGGGCGGGGCACCGCGGCGUUGCCAUGGCAGGAGUGCAUCGAGGGGGCCUGCAGGAAGGAGACACCGGAGCGCAUCGAGGCCGAGGGGCGGCGGCGGAAGCCGUGGCAGGGAGAUCGUUACGAUGACGGUCAAGUUUUCACGUGCCAUUGUGUAG